CGGGUCCAUAAUGAUAUUAAUCUGUAUCUGAAACAGUAACAAUCAACAUGUUCAGCAAAAUCGUAGCUAUCAGCGUCAUCCUGGCCGCGGCCAACGCUGGUCUUUUAGGCCACGGUCACGCCGUCUCUUCCCAAAGCAUCGUCCGCCACGAUGAGGCCGUCGUACACGCCGCCCCUGUAGCCCACUACGCCGCUCCUGUCGCCCACUACGCUGCCCCCGUCGCCCACUACGCCGCCCCCGCUGCUCAUUAUGAUGGCCACGAUGAAUAUGCUCACCCCAAAUACGAUUUCUCAUACUCCGUGGCUGACCCCCACACCGGUGACCACAAGUCCCAGCACGAGAGCCGCGACGGAGACGCCGUGCACGGCUCCUACUCCCUGGUGCAGCCCGACGGCUCCGUGCGCAAGGUCGACUACUCCGCUGAUGCCCACAACGGCUUCAACGCUGUCGUGCACAACUCUGCCCCUGCCGCGCACCCCGCACCCGCUGUACAUGCUACCCCCGUUGUCCACGCCGCCCCCGUUGUUCACGCCGCCCCUGUUGUCCACGCCGCCGUUCCCGUUGUCCACGCCGCCCCCGUUGUACACGCUGUCCCCGUUGUACACGCUGCCCCCGUUGUCCACGCCGCCCCCGUUGUGCAUGCAGCUCCCGUUGUACACGCUGUCCCCGUUGUCCACGCCGCUCACGCUCAUGCCUACCAUCAUUACUCACAAUCAAAAAUGUUCAGCAAAAUCGUAGCUAUCAGCGCUCUCCUGGCUGCUGCCAACGCUGGGCUCUUAGGCCAUGGACACGCCGUCUCUUCCCAAAGCAUCGUCCGCCACGAUGAGGCCGUGGUACACGCCGCUCCUGUAGCGCAUUACGCCGCUCUCGUUGCCCACUACGCCGCUCCCGUUGCCCACUACGCUGCCCCCGUCGCCCACUACGCUGCCCCUGCAGCCCACUACGAUGGUCAUGAUGAAUACGCACACCCUAAAUACGACUUCGCCUACUCCGUGGCCGACCCCCACACCGGCGACCACAAGUCCCAGCACGAGAGCCGCGACGGAGACGCCGUGCACGGCUCCUACUCCCUGGUGCAGCCCGACGGCUCCGUGCGCAAGGUCGACUACUCCGCUGACGCCCACAACGGAUUCAACGCUGUCGUACACAACUCCGCCCCGGCCGCACACCCCGCCCCCGCUGUACACGUUGCUCCCGCCGUGCACGCCAUCCCCGUUGUCCACGCCGCCCCCGUUGUCCACGCUGCUCCCGCUCAUGCCUAUCAUCAUUGGUUCAACGUAACUAGAAUUCCAAAAAUGUUUACCAAAGUUGUAGCUAUCAGCGCCAUUCUGGCCGCGGCCAACGCUGGACUCUUAGGCCACGGACACGCUGUCUCUUCCCAAAGCAUCGUCCGCCAUGAUGAAACCGUUGUACACGCCGCCCCUGUAGCGCACUACGCCGCUCCCGUCGCCCACUACGCCGUACCCGUAGCUCACUACGCCGCACCCGUAGCGCAUUACGCCGCUCCUGCUGCUUACUACAAUGGCCACGAUGAAUACGCUCAUCCCAAAUACGACUUCUCCUACUCCGUGGCUGACCCCCACACCGGCGACCACAAGUCCCAGCACGAGAGCCGCGACGGAGACGCCGUGCACGGCUCCUACUCCCUGGUGCAGCCCGACGGCUCCGUGCGCAAGGUCGACUACUCCGCUGAUGCCCACAAUGGUUUCAACGCCGUCGUGCACAACUCCGCCCCCGCCGUGCACCCUGCUGCCCCUGCUCAUGGAUACCAUCAUUACUAAACAAUUAUAACUAGUCAAUCUGCUAUCGCCAAAUACUUGUGAUAAAAUGUUUUCUUAAUUUUUUUGCCAUGCAUAUUGUAUGAAAACUGAAUAAACUAUUGAACAAAAAAUACUA